CUGCUAAGAGACCUCUUUAUCUUUCUCUCUUUCUCAAGAAUGAGAGAUUUUCCCGAUUUCGACGCGAAAAACGAGUCGAUUGUGUUGCCUCCCGGUUUUCGAUUCCAUCCGACAGACGAGGAGCUUAUCACUCAUUACUUGUCUCGGAAAGUUAUCGACAAUAGCUUUAGCUCGGUAGCUAUAGGUGAGGUGGACCUCAAUAAAGUUGAGCCUUGGGAUUUGCCUAGUAAGGCGAAAAUCGGAGAAAAAGAGUGGUAUUUUUUCUGUAUUAGGGAUAAGAAGUACCCAACCAGUGUAAGAACCAACCGAGCUACCGUUGCCGGAUAUUGGAAGGCGACCGGCAAAGAUAGGGAGAUUUUCCGGUCGAAUAUUUUAGUCGGGAUGAAGAAAACCCUUGUUUUUUACGAAGGGCGACCCCUGAAAGGAACAAAAACUAAUUGGGUCAUGCAUGAAUUUAGAUUGGAGGGCAAGCAUUAUCUGCAUAAUGUCCCCAAAAAUGAUAAAAAUAAAUGGGUUAUAUGCAAAGUUUUCAAGAAGGCUUCAGAAGAGAAAACACACAAUUUGUCGGGGCUCGUGAGUAAUGUGAAUUUUGGCGAUGAUUCACGAACGUUCGAUUUACCUCCAUUAGUAGAUGUGUCAUCUUACGAGAAUCACACGAGCUCUGUAUAUCCACCUGAGGAGUCAUCACGCGCAACAUGCUUCUUCACCAAGCCUACGGUGGACCCUCGAGGCAUAUUGGUUCAUGAUAUUACUUCUAGCUCGAGAAGUUGUAGUUUUGAAUCUCGUCCAUUGAUUAGUAUUCAUCAAGUUUCUAACAAUUCAGGCUCGGUUUUAUCGUCUCGUGAAGUAUCUAUUGGAGAGAGUACGAAAGAUGUGGAUUCGGUUUUUAUGCAAGAUCAGACAGUGUUGCAGCUUUUGCUCGAUAAUGGUGCCGAAUUUGCCGAAGGUUUGUCAUUUCAACAAGUCGGGUUAAAGUCUUACGAGGAACGAGAGCUUCGAAAUAUUUUCGAUGCACAGGGAGACCUUGAUUGCCUGUGGAAUUACUGAAGUUUUUAGACCUUGAAAACAAAAGUUAGAAGGUCUAGUUUGGCUAAAAUUUGGUCUAAGUUUAGCUUUGGGGAAGAAGAUAGUGCUAAACCUUG